AUGGCCGGCCAAGACUGCCUCAUUUCGCCGUCAUCAACGAGCACAUUAGCAGACGAAUUGGCAUACACGGACACUGAAGCACGUUAUGAAAAAGAACGCUUUAAUUACGACCGAGGAUCGUAUAAUGCUAUGCGUACAACACUUACUGACGAUUCCGAGACAGAUGUCUCUAACGGGGGCAAUUCUGAAACAGAGACAAAAACGGAAACCAAUCGGCCUGAUAUAGACCGAUAUGCCAUAUAUCUUGCAUUAAAGCACGAUCUCUCCACUCAUCAUAUUGACGAGAAGAUAUAUAGUGAGAAAACCAUUUAUAAUGACAAUAACAUUGCCCAACAUUCUAUAUCCAUCCCACCUCUCUCUUCAUACCAGUCCAGACCGUUUGGACUAGUAUCUCCCCACUUUCCACAUCAUUCUUCUAAUCACCCUAGUUGCAUACACUCCUAUCAUUCUUCUCCCGACUCGUCCCAAUCUUUUUAUCUUCCUGGCAAUAGUGCCGCAAAUUUGUUUGCCAUCCCGAACGCACUACACACUACUAUUGAAUCGCGCCGCAUAGUCUCAAAAUGGCUAUUCUUUCUCGGAUUCUUGGUUAUGCCUUGCUGGUGGGCGGGUGCAAUAUAUGUUGCCAAAGAGCCGACACCCGAUGAUUAUAAAUGGAAAAAAUUGUGUAUUAGAGCAAGCGUUUGGGGAACUGUGGCACUUGCUGCUGUCGGGGUGAUCUGGGUGUGUCUUCACCCGACUGUGUUUGGGUCAAGGUAG